AUGAGGUACAUAAGGAAUCCAGCACAAGAACUGGUUCAGUGGAGACAAAGGCUAAUGAGUUUUAAGUUUGUGGUGACUGAAUUUGAGAUGGCUGAGGAACAUCUGGGGAAGAUAUGCAACAGCAGAACAACCUGGAUCUGUGAAAUAUUGGAUUUGAUCUAUAACAAUGGGGAUGUGGAGAAAUGUAAACGGGAUGCAAUAUAUAACAGAGUGCCGUUCAUGGAAUUGAUAGUUCCUGGACUCUUUACCUUUUGUGCUGUGGGUGUUGAGACAUUGAAAGACAUGCCAUCUCCUCGAUUAGUGAAAACACACCUACCUGUUCAACUUCGCCCUUCUUCAUUUUGGAAGAAUAACUGCAAGAUCGUCUAUGUGGCACGGAAUGCUAAAGAUGUGGCUGUAUCUUACUUUUAUUUCUACCAGAUGGCAAAAAUUCACCCAGACCCUGGCACCUGGGAGGAGUUCCUGGACAAAGUCAUGAUGGGGAAGGUGGCUUUUGGUUCUUGGUAUGACCAUGUGAAGGCCUGGUGGGAGAAGAGGAAAGAUUAUCACAUCCUGUACCUAUUCUAUGAAGACAUGAAAGAGGAUCCAAAGCGUGAAAUUCAGAAGUUGCUAAAGAUUUUAGAUAAAGACCUGCCAGAAGAAACUAUGGAUAAAAUUCUCCAUCAUAGCUCUUUUGAUGUGAUGAAGCAGAAUGCUAGUACAAAUUAUACCACUGUACCAAAAUGUAAUAUGGAUCAUUCUAUAUCUCCCUUCAUGAGAAAGGGUAUUUCAGGAGACUGGAAGAACCACUUCACUGUCUCCCAGUAUGAGAGAUUUGAAAAAGAUUAUGAAGAGAAAAUGAAAGGGUCUACACUGCAGUUCCGUUCAGAGAUCAAAGAAAUACCUGUUCUUUUGCCAACUCCUUUAGCUUGCACUUAA